CGACCAGCUCCUGCGCGUGAACAACCUGAGUGUGGAGCGAGCGGUUCACCACGAGGUCACGGCCAUGGUUCAGGGCAAGUCCUCCGUCGUUCUGAAGGUCAAGAGCGCCGGAAUCAUCCCCGUCAAGAGUGGACACCGCGGAGACCCCCUGACGUGGCUGGUGGUGGACGACGACGAGGACCUGUCCGACCACGGCACGGACACCUACAGCCAGUCCCUGCCCUCAGCUCACGAGAGCGAGCAGGAGCAGUUCGAGCCGACGCCCCCCGCGCAGCCCAGCGUCGGCCAUGGGGGGAACGAGAACCACGCGCGGGUCUACAUCUCGUGCACGGGGAAGAUCGGCCUCGGGUGCAGCAUCUGCAAGGGCCCGGCGGAAAAGCCAGGGAUCUUCGUGCAGAGCGUGCGUGGCGGGGGCGUCGCCAGGAACGCGGGGCUCCGGCCGGGGGACCAGAUCAUCGCCUGUAAUGACGUCAGCUUCACGCACUUGGAAUUUGCCGAGGCGGUGUACGUGCUGAAGUCCUCCCCGCGCCUCGUCCUCGACGUCAUCCGGGGCGCUGGACUCGACCUCGUGGCGGGGGAGUCCUCGGGUUACAAUUCCUCGGCCUCGUCCGUCGCCGGGGACCAGACGCCGCCCUCCUCGUCGUCCUCGGAUCCCAGGGACUCGGACCACAGCGUCACCAACAGACUAAGCGCCGUGAGCCGCCACCUGACCCUCGACCGGUCCAGGGGUUGGAGGGAGAUCGAGUCGGAGUGGGCCGAGGCCGAGGCCCAGGAGAAGCGGCGGGUGCUGCAGACCAACCAGAGGACGCUCAAGACACGCGCGCAGCGUGACGCCAACCACCGCUUCGGCAGUUCCCUGAGCAGCAGAUCCCUCGGCAACCUGAGCGCAGCCCUGAGGGAGGAGGAAGACGAGGAGCAGCGAACCGCCUUUAGGGACGCCCCGACCUCGCAGGCCCACCCUUCGCCCACUCGCGGCGGCCUCCUCACGCCCACCCACGCCCACUACAAGCCUGCCCUAAGGAGCACCCGGUCCAGCAGUGACGUAACGGAUGACACAAGCCACAAGAUUGCCCUGGUGACAUCAGCGGACCCGCACGUGAACAACAUCGUGGUGACGACGGGCCCCAAGGACGAGCGGGACGCCGUCUCGCGCCUCGACCAGCUCUCCAACCCGUCGGCGAGCAGCAGGACGUCGACCCUGAGCAGUGGUUCAUCCCAAGUGACAGUACGGUCCUCCUGCGGUAGCGGUGGGUCGCCUACAGUGGGCAAAGCGGUGUCCAGGGAGUCUCUGGUGGAGCAGCAGUUGAGGGAGCUGCGGGAGGAACAGCGCCGCCUGCAGGAGGAAGCCAGUAGACUAGCACAAGAGAGAAGAAAAUUUGAGGAGGAGAAGCGACGUGGGGUAGAGCGUACCCAGAGCGCCCCGUUGGCCCCCCUUGUGAUCACCUGCUCGGGGCAGGCCCUUCCCCCUCACCAACAGCCGCCCCCCAGUCCAACAUCAUCCAUCGCCAGUGGGCGCCACACAACGCGGGUGUUAAUCAAGUCCCCACCACCCCCUCCACCACCUCGCAAAAAUACAACCUCACUAUCCUCCCGUAGCAGCUUCCAUCCACAGCAACAGCAGGUUUCUCCCCCUGCUUCUCCAGCUCACAGCAGCAGUAGUAGCAGUGGAGUUGGGUCAUCCUGUGGCUCUUCUGCUGCUCCAAGGCGGUGCAAAAGCAUUGGGUCCUUGUCUGCUAGUAGUGGUGAGAGUGCAGUGUGGGAAGACUCGCUCAUUCCCACUCAUCCCACCCUCGUCAAUACACAUUCAGGAUUUCGGUCUUCCAUGCCUCCUCCUACUCCUCCAAAACCUCCUGCACAUUCAGCAGCACCCAUGAGUAGCACAAAUAGCCCCUAUACCUUAGGAGGAGUACCCCCUCCACCACCACCCCCACCUCCUCUACCUACCUCGACCGCCAAACCUAGUUUAGCAGCAGCCCUUAGUAAGGAAUUGGAGCGACGCAGUGCCCAAGAGGCACAGUCAGGUGCAAGUGAAGAUGCAAAAGCUCAAAUUAUUCAGGAAAAAAUUGAUGCAUUUAAGAAAGAAAAAGUGAAGAGUGGGCUCGGAGGACACAACAGUGCUCAGCAUGACAAGCUGAUGCAGGAAUUUAAAAUUGCUCAUAAGAAAAUGUUUGUUAGCAAAGAGAACUUGAGGGACAUUUCUAGUGAGGAAGAUAAGGAAAAGAAAGAGACAAAACCAGAAGCAAAACCAGUCAACCACGUAAAAGUCACCGAAACGCCCCCAGUCCUAAGGGAGUUUACCUCAAAAAUCAUCAGCAACAGCACCGUCAACAAGACGCCCCUCAGAGCAAUGAACAACGUCUCAAAAACACCGAGCAUGAUGAAUGGCCCCAGCAAGCCUAAUUUUGUUAUAAGAGAAGCAAACAGUAAUGUCAGUAGCAAGACUUCCAUUGUGAAUACAUACAGCUCCAACGUUAAAACGAGCCUGCCAUCCUCGUCUCCAUCAACAAACCAGCAGCAGACUGAGCAGCUCGGAGGCAUCACCACAAAGCAGUCAAUUUCAGCAGUGUCAACACCCACGAAAUCUCCACUACGUCCUCAUGGAGGAGUUGUGUUAGAUGAGUUCAAACCAGGAGAAAAAAACUCCUUAAAGGUGAAGCCACCAAACACUUACUUUGACGCAGGAAAGCAAACCCCCGGAAAACCUCUUGUCUCUAUUGGUGCAUAUCCAUCACCUAACCACAGACCGCCACCAGUCAAAAUGGACUUCCUCUCGCCCAGUGCCAAUGGGGAACAGAUUGCAGGUGCAGCUAAAAAUUCCAGCACCCCUGUGAAGGUAAAGCUACAGAGUGAACUUGAAUCAACCCUGAGUAGGUCGAACCUCCGUCAGCGUUUCGCUGCUCAGGAACUCCCCCCAGAUCCUCCCUCCGAAGUUUCUGGUACUAAGCAAGAAUCUACGUCCGCAAGUUACACCACGACUACCAUUACCAAUAACAACACCAGUCCCAAUGCUUCAUUAUCAAGUAAAUACCGGACAUUAGUUCAAGAUGGUCCUUCUGCCACCAUUAUCAUGAAAGGUGGUAGCGGCAAGGAAAAUGAGGCCCCAGACUCCCCUCCUACAGGUAUCCUGAAGGCUUCUGGCCCAUCUUCCAUCAGGCCUCUGCAGAAGUCCAUAUCAUUCGGUGAUGUAACAACAGUAGGUGAGGACGACCCACGGACGUAGUAGCUGAGGUGUUUCAUCUUUUUGUCAUCAAGAAUUAGGGAAUAUGUUACAUUACUUUACUCAGUGUUGAUGCCAUAUAUAGAAUGAUUUUCAUUCAAAUCUUUUUACCACUUUCUUCUCACCCUCUUUUGUAUUCUGGUAUUCAGAAUAAGUGUAAAUAUUUUUAAAUUAAUACUUCUGUAUGAUAUUCUGGUCAUUGUAUUUUUUAAGACAUACUUUAAUUGUUGUAUUAUAGUGCUACAUUCCUCAUAUUUCUGAUGAAGGACUUUUAGUAUAUUAAAUAUUCAAAUCUUUAUAUUAUGUUGUUGACCAUCAACAGUUUUUUGUUUAUAAUGUACUGCAUUAGGUUCACUAUAAAAUGCUGUACCAUAUAUUCAGGUAAUAUUAACAAGAAAACUGAUGUUGCUAUAGUAAUUUUAUUGUUGAUUAUAUGUCACCAUAUGUAUGAAUUUAUGUAUAUACUGGCAUUUUAUGGUUUGGAUAAUGGUUUUAUGUACAUAUAUUAUGUCUGUACUUAUGUACUUGAUGAUGCAGCCUUUUACAAAUCAACAGUUUAAAUAUUGUAUCAAAACUUCCCUCACUUUGUAUACUUUAUAAACACUAACAGUUACAAUAAAGCCAAUAAAUGAAAUUAUUUCAAAA